AUGGGUCAGGGGCUGUGGAGAGUGGCCAGAAACCAGCAGCUGCAACAGGAAGGCUUUAGUGAGCAAGGCUACCUGACCAGAGAGCAUAGCAGGAGAAUGGCUGCAAGCAACAUUUCCAAUGCCAGUCAUCGUAAACAAGUCCAAGGAGGCAUUGACAUAUAUCAUCUUUUAAAGACAAGGAAGUCUAAAGAACAGGAAGGAUUCAUUAAUUUGGAAAUGUUGCCUCCAGAGCUAAGCUUUACCAUCUUGUCCUACCUGAAUGCAACUGACCUUUGCUUGGCUUCAUGUGUUUGGCAGGACCUCGCUAAUGAUGAACUUCUCUGGCAAGGGUUGUGCAAAUCCACUUGGGGUCACUGUUCAAUAUACAAUAAGAACCCACCUUUAGGAUUUUCUUUUAGAAAAUUGUAUAUGCAGCUGGAUGAAGGCAGUCUCACCUUUAAUGCCAACCCAGAUGAGUACAAUCCCAAUUCUCUAUCUUGUAAAUAUAUAGCUAGUAAGCAUGUCACUUUUCUUAUCCUGCACUAUGGCAUACUUGCUCCAUGCAAGAGAUUGUGCAAGAGGAGAGAUGUCUUGGAUGAUCUUGUGACGCUGCAUAAUUUUAGAAAUCAGUUCUUGCCAAAUGCACUGAGAGAAUUUUUUCGUCAUAUCCAUGCCCCUGAAGAGCGUGGGGAAUAUCUUGAAACUCUUAUUACAAAGUUCUCACAUAGGUUCUGUGCUUGUAACCCUGAUUUAAUGAGAGAACUUGGCCUUAGUCCUGAUGCAGUCUAUGUACUAUGCUACUCAUUGAUUCUACUUUCCAUUGACCUCACUAGCCCUCAUGUGAAGAAUAAAAUGUCAAAAAGAGAAUUUAUUCGAAAUACCCGUCGUGCUGCUCAAAAUAUUAGUGAAGAUUUUGUCGGGCACCUUUAUGACAACAUCUACCUUAUUGGCCAUGUGGCUGCAUAA